AUGAUGUCAAUAUCGCGCUGCUGUAUGGAGAUGGGGCAGAUUGCUUUGGCCAAUUUAUUGGAAGAAUUUGAGUCAACUGGAGCUAUACGAUCGACCCAAGGCUCAGACAAUAACGGCUUUGACGACCUUGGGCGAACGUCUAUCAUCUAUGCUGUAAUUGCCAUACGGCCGCCCUAUGGUGUCUCAAUACGUAUCCGUCCUGCGAUCGGCCGGCUACAACAUGGUUCAUGGCCGUGCUGGUGUCCUGCGCUGCUACCACACCGUCGCAUUCACGUUGCCCUUAGCAGCCUCUUAUCCCCGCCUUUGAGACCGCCUCUGCAACAACGUCGUAUUCUCACAUCGCUUAUGCGUAAACGAGUCGCGAACAAUCAGAGCCAUAUGAUGAACUGUGGGUACUUACGCGUUGGCGAGGGUCAUGCGCAAGUCAGUCAUGGGUGGCAAGCGUCAAGAAGACAGGAAAAACGGCAGUAA